AUGGUCGAUUCAGUGAAUCCAAUUGCAUCCGUACUAGAAUCAGCAAGAACCAUAACCAUGGAUGCGGCAGCUGUUGCUUCUUCUAAAUUGGGUGAAUCUUCUUAUACCCAAUACUCUAAAAAGAUAACUCCCAAGCAAUUGAGAACGAUGUUGAAUUCAAGAAAUACAAGAGAUCUAAAAGAUGCUAUGAAAAGAAUCAUAUCAUUGAUGGCUUCCGAUGACACCUCGACAGAUUUAUCAAGUUAUUUUGCAGAUGUGGUUAAAAACAUUACGUCUAAUGAUAUCAAGAUUAAGAGGUUGAUUUGUAUCUAUUUGCUGAGAUUUGCUGAAAGAGAACCUAAUUUGACCUUAUUAUCUGUGAACUCUUUACAAAAGACUAUAUCGGAUACUAAUCCAGAGGUAAGAUGUUUUGCAAUAAGAAGUUUAUCUGAUAUGAAAAUUGCAUCAUUAAAUCCAAUGAUUUUAUAUACUCUAAAAACAUCAGUAACAGAUCCUUCUGCAUUGGUUCGUUAUGAAGUAGCAUUUGCUCUAUUGAAAUUGUUCAAGAAUGAUGAAGAGGAAGGAGAGUUCCGUGAAGAAAUUUCAAACUUAUUAAAGGAUUUAUUAGCUGAUGCUGAUCCACGUGUCAUAUCAGGUGCCGUUAUACUAUUAAAAGAAUGUUUCCCAUCUAACUUGGAAUUGUUACAUGGUCAUUUCCGCAGAUAUUGCAGAGUUUUGAAAGAGAUUGAUUCGUGGGCACAAGGUCCCUUAAUUGAUUUGUUAGCCAAGUAUUGUAAACAAUAUUUACCAAGGCCAAUGAUUAUAGACUGCUCUUCAGAAGAGGAUGGUUCUGCAAAACAGAUUCCAUUACCAGAUAAUUGUUCUGAAAUUCCAUUCAUGGCCUAUAAUGUUUCAUAUGAUCCCGAUUUGUCACUUUUUCUUGAUAAUUUGAAAACGCUAAUAUAUUCGCCGAAUCCAAUUGUAAUAUUGGCAUGUUGCAAUGCGUAUUUUCAAUUAAGUGUGCCCAGUCACAUGAUAAAUUCUAAAUUCCCUGAUGCGUUAGUUAGAUCAUAUCUUUGUUCUUCCAACGCAGGACUAAAAGAUACAAUUUUACAAUCCAUUAUUUACCUCUCUGCCUUAGAACCUACAUUAUUCCAAUCUCACUUAACGCAGUUCUUUUUAUCUCCAAUUAACAACAAUAACAUAGGAAUAUCGUCAUUAAAAUUGCGAAUCCUUUCCAAUUUAGUAAAUGCUACUAACGUUAAAGGCAUUGUAAAGGAAUUACAACAUUAUAUCAUAUCAUUUAAUUCGAAAAAAUAUUCCAAAAUAAUAAUUGAAUCAUCAAAUGCGUUAGCUAAAUGUGGUCAACUUUCUACAAAAUUAGAAACCUACAUAAUGAAUUGGUUCAUUGAACUAAUGGAAGAUGAAUGUACGAAUUUAAAGCCAUCAGUGUUAGAUGUCAUUGUAAAUAUAAUUCGUCAAUUAGUUCAAAAUGAACCCAGAAGGCAUCUAGCUGUUAUUUUGAAAUUAUCGAAUGUACUAAAUACUCAAAAGACAGCAUUAGCAGAUAAUGCACGCGCUGGUAUAAUAUGGUUGUUUGGUGAAAUUGCAGGAAUAUGUUUUGAUAUUUGUCCUGAUUUGUUAAGACAAUUGAUACCGAAUUUUGUUGAUGAAGGAGUGGAAUCAAGAGGUCAAAUAUUGUUAUUUGCUGCAAAAUUAUUAUCAUAUGAUAUCGAUAAAUUUAAAGAGAGCCAUGGUUUAGAAGUAGAAUAUGAUUUUAAAAAUUCAAGAAUUUCACAAAUGUUUAAUGCAGUUCUUUUCUUCUGUAAAGUGGAUGAUGAAUUCGAUGUUAGAGAUAGAGCAAGAUGUUUUGAAUCAUUAUUCAAUUCGAAGAAAUUUGAAAUUGCUUCGUUAUUAUUACAGGCACCUAAGCCGUUACCGUUAUAUUACUCACAAAUGAACGGUACACGACCUGGGCAGAAUAAUGUGAAUUUACCAUCGUCUAUUGUGGGACUUGAUCAAGAAAUUCAAAACUACUGUAAAUAUAUUCCUUGGACCUACACCGCUUCUGAAGAUAAUAAUACAGCAGCUGAAGAAGGAAGAGAAGAUAUUAGAUCGGAAUCGCCUGUGAAGGAUUAUUCUAGAUACAAGAAAAGUUUUUCUUCUUCCUCAUUUAUUAGUAAAUCCUCUUCAUCAUCCAGAGCGUUUGCUUCUUCGAAUAUACAUGGGAUUACUAAUGGGAUUGACCAACUUGAUCUUAAGAAAGAGGGUUCAGAUACCAUAACACUCAAUACUGUGCCCUUUAAUAAGAAAUAUAAAUUACAAAGUUUAGAUGAAUUCUUCCAAGAUAUACCUGAGAAACCAAAACCCAGACUAAAGAAAAAAAUCAUCAUUCAAGAAGAAGAGGAAGAGGAAGAGGAAGCGGAGGAGGACGAUGAAGAAGAUUCUGAUGAGAGCGGGACUUCUAGUGAUGACGGUGUUGAUGAUGAUGACACUGAUGACACUGAGAGUUCGAGUGAUGAAGAUAGUUCAAUUGAUGAAGAAUUACAUCCAUAA